UCCUAGACCAGAGCGAGGAGGCGCCAGGACGCUAUCAAGAUGCAGUACUCUCAUCACUGCGAGCACCUGCUAGAGAGGCUGAACAAACAGCGAGAAGCCGGCUUUCUGUGUGACUGCACUGUUGUUAUUGGUGAAUUCCAGUUCAAAGCGCACAGAAACGUGCUCGCCUCCUUCAGCGAGUACUUCGGUGCGUUUUACAGAGAUGCUUCUGACAACAAUGUUGUUCUGGAUCAGACUCAAGUGAAAGCCGAUGGAUUCCAAAAACUCCUGGAAUUUAUUUAUACAGGAAAUUUAAACCUUGACAGCUGGAAUGUUAAAGAAAUUCACCAGGCUGCCGACUAUCUCAAAGUAGAAGAAGUGGUCACUAAAUGCAAGAUAAAGAUGGAAGACUUUGCUUUUAUUGCUAAUCCAUCUUCUACAGAGACAUCUAGUAUCACUGGAAACAUUGAAAUGAAUCAGCAGACUUGCCUUCUGACUCUCCGAGAUUACAGUAAUCGGGAGAAAGCAGAUGCUGCUUCUGCAGACUUGGUUCAAUCACAAGCAAAGAAAGUAGCUUUAGAAAAGAAAUCUGCUCAAACCAAAAAGCGAAAGAAGAAUUUCAGCUCCCCCAAAAGCAUACAGAAUAAAUCAGUACAAUAUCAGAAUGAUGUGACUGAGAAUGCAUCCCUUGAAAUGUUCUUAGAUGCAAAUAAGCUGGCCACACAGAUAACAGAACAGGCUGCCCAAGGCAAUGAUAACUCUGAACUACAGUUGUCGUCUGUGGUGGAAAGUGAAACGUUGGCAGCACAAGAUAUCUUAGUUCAGACUCUUACAGGAAAACAAAAACGGGGAAAGCCUCAGCAAAACUGUGCACUGAAAGAGCAUUGUAUGUCUAACAUAGCCAAUGAAAAGAACACUUACCAGCUGGAGGGUGCAGGAGAAGAGCUUGAUCAGAAGUACUCCAAAGCUAAACCAGUGUGCAACACGUGUGGAAAGGUCUUCUCAGAAGCCAGUAGCCUCCGUCGACACAUGCGAAUACACAAAGGAGUGAAACCAUAUGUGUGUCAACUCUGUGGGAAAGCAUUUACACAGUGCAAUCAGUUGAAAACACAUGUAAGAACUCACACAGGGGAGAAGCCAUACAAAUGUGAACUGUGCGACAAGGGCUUUGCCCAGAAAUGCCAGUUAGUGUUCCACAGUCGGAUGCAUCACGGAGAAGAGAAACCAUACAAAUGUGAUGUGUGCAAUCUGCAGUUUGCAACAUCAAGCAAUCUGAAGAUUCAUGCCAGGAAGCAUAGUGGCGAGAAGCCCUAUGUGUGUGACCGGUGUGGUCAGCGGUUUGCUCAGGCCAGCACGCUCACCUACCAUGUGCGUCGCCACACAGGGGAGAAACCUUAUGUGUGUGACACUUGUGGAAAAGCCUUUGCUGUGUCAAGUUCUCUCAUCACCCAUUCCCGAAAACAUACAGGAGAGAAGCCAUAUAUCUGUGGCAUUUGUGGAAAGAGUUUUAUUUCCUCUGGAGAGCUCAAUAAACAUUUUCGGUCCCAUACAGGUGAAAGACCAUUUAUCUGUGAAUUGUGUGGAAAUUCUUACACAGACAUAAAAAAUCUAAAGAAGCACAAAACAAAAGUUCACACAGGAUCUGAAACCCCCCCUGAUUCCAAUACACUUGAGAAUUCUUUCAACGAACAAGAAUCCAUUCAGAGUCAGAGAAGUCCUUUAUCAGAGUCUGUAGAUGUGAAGCCCUCUGAGAUGUCUUUACCACUUCCCCUUCCCAUUGGGACUGAAGACCAACAGAUGCUGCUUCCUGUGACGGGUAGUCAGUCUCCUUCAUCAGAAACAUUGCUAAGAUCUGCUGUGACUGGAUAUUCAGAACCUCAAUUUAUUUUCUUGCAACAGUUGUACUGACACUGCAGUAUGGAGCCAACAAGGUAAUCUGGUAGUGAACUUGCAUACCUUUGGUAAGAUGAACAUAAUCAAACAGUUACGCUUUUUUGAGUUGGACUUGGUUCUUUUUUUCUUCUCUGUAAAGACACUUGUUAGGCAUCUCCAUUGUGCAGUGCUGCCUUUCAUUUCUUGUUGAAAUGUGCUAAUUUACAAUCAAAUUUUUAAUUGCAGUUAACACUGAUUUCCAGGAGACUAUUCCUUUCCAGCAAAACCUGCCUUAAGACUUCUCUCUCAAAUAUGUUAAUGCAUUUUGGAGAGCUCCUCCGGUGUUCCUGCUGAUCUGAUAUGUCGCAAUGUCACUUUGGAGCAGACAUUUUAAGCCAUGUUUAUUAGUUUAAGAAUAUUAGCCCAGACAUAUAAGGGGAAAAAAUAGUAAUUCAAAUGUACUAACAAGCUUGUACUCCUGCAUUCCAAGGUGAUAAAAAGGAGUAUGUGAUGGAAGGUAGGCCAGUGCUCUGGUGAGGUGCUUGCAAAGAAUUACUGCUGUCUGCCAGAAGUAGCUGUCUUCAGUUGAAGUCUGACCAGAGGGAAGGAAAACUUUGGGUAAAUGUCCCUGACAAGGCAAGAAAAGGAGGGUUCAUUUUUUUCCAUAAGUUUGGUAAGUUAAGAGAGAGGUAACCUAAUGACAUAGGUUCCCAAUGGGUAUUCUUUCUAAGAUGUCUCUCUCUUUUUUUUUUCUUUUUCUUUUUUUUUCCUAAGUAAAUCCAACAUUGUACCUUGUCCCACCUUUUUUUCCACAUCCCUAAAAUAUCCUGUGUUUCGGCACAAAUAGCAGCAGCCUUUGCUCAAAAGAAGAGCUGGAACACGAGUGUUGUAGAUGAGACAAAAAGAUGCACUGACUUAGUUGUGAGGCAUGAAUCAUAGUUUCGUAAUAAUCAUUUCUGUUACAGUAGUGUUUCUUGUAGUGUUAGACAGUAGGUACAAAAGAAGAAAUAAAUUCUUUCCUUCACUGAGAAAGUACUAUUUUAAUGCUAAAUGAGGGAGCACUAAGAAAGAAUACAACAGAGCAGAUUGAUAAAACUUUGACUGGAAAGAUAUCUAAGUAUAACUGAUUUGUUUUAAUUGACGUAUUUAUGAAUUGGUUUACCUCUCAUGUCACUUAUCUGCAGUAACUUCAUAAAACUGUUAUUUAGCAAGACCCAUGUGAAAGUAUGUUUUAUUACCAGCAAUCUGAAUUUAAAAGAGCAACACUUUUAGUGUUCUGAUAAGGUUGUUAAAGUCUAGCUGACAAAAUAGUAUUUUUGUACUCCAGUUUUCCAGUUUGUGCCAUUAGUAGCAUAACGUGAGCAUUUAAGUAAUCAUCAAAUAGUAAAGAAACAGUCAUACAACAGUACCAACAAUACAUUUAAAGAUAUUAUUUGUUGGUUAGUUACUUGGUGCUAGCAUUUUAUUUCCACUGAUGCCUUGUGUUCAGACACUGAUAAACAGAAGAGCAUAGGAAAUACCUCUUAUCUGAAUGUGUUUUACAUGGAGUAAUAAUUAAUCUGCACCUUAAUUAAAUAGUCUUGUGAAAAAUU